GGACCGUCCGCACGCGCACCGAGCCCUCAGCCCGGAGGAAUAUUGAGUAUUUUCAGUAGGGGAAUGCGAGUCUGACCUGCCAACUUAAACGCAAGUUUGCCGUGUGGAUUCUGUGAGGGUUUGCAAACAACAAGAAGUGUAUAGUUUGUGUCCAUUGAAGAGACCGUUUCCCCUCUGCUGAUAAUGAAGCACCAUUUCCAGAUGAGGAGGCAUUGACUCCGGCGCAGCCCUGUCGCGCCCACAGCGCCCCCUCUCGGCCCGGGCGGCCCACCAUGCCCCGUCCAUGAAGGGCUACCAGGUGAGUCGCAGUCUGUCUCAACACUCCUCUGGGCCUUGCUACUGCAUGCCUGAGGAUGGUGACACUGCGCGGGACUACAUGCACCACCCCGACCACUACCAGGGGCACAAUGACCACCCCUACUACCCGCCUGGUGGGCCCCCUGAAACCCUGGCCAUGGUACCAUCCGGCGGAGGCACCUUCCCUCGCUCACACCCCAGUCAGCCGCAGCCCUACGACUCCACGUGUGAAGAGUGUUUAUCCUCGGGAGUGCAUGGCCACGGGCAUAAGAUGCACCGUAUCCCGCCCAACCUUCUGGAUCAGUUCGAGAAGCAGUCGCCCUUCCACCCCGACGGCUUCCACACCCUGCAGUACCAACGCGCAGCCAGCGGGGAGCAACGCAGCGAGAGCCCGAGUCGCAUACGGCAUCUGGUGAACUCGGUUCAGCGUCUCUUCGCCAAGUCUCAUUCUCUAGAGACACCAUCUAAACGAGAGUUUAACGGCACCCGUGGGGGAGAGUAUCGGGAAAGGGAAAGGGGGCACCGCAGCGGUGGAGAGGAAAGCGGUGGACAUCAUUAUUCGGGAACACACCAGUCUCGCUCUGCCCGUCGCAACAAGAGCCGAGAACGAAGCAAGAGCGGAGACUCCCGCCACGAUUCUCGCAGCUCCCGCCACCGCAGCAAAACAGCUGGCUGGUGGAGCUCCGAUGACAACCUGGACAGCGACAGCAGCUUUCUGGUGGGUGCUGGCAGGGGCGGUCGGGGGUAUCCAACUGGACAUGAGACCCUGGAUGCUGCCAUCCAGGAGCUUACCUUGAGGAAAUCUAAGGGUCCACCUCCAGGAGAGUGCAUGGCUUGCACCAACAUAGCCAUGGCAGGGGACAGCGGACACUCUUUGAAGAGGAGCACGUGGUCAGCCAUGACGGUCAGUCAGGCUAGGGAGGUCUAUCCAUCUUCCCGUGGUGGUGGAGGUGGAGGAGGAGUAGGAAGAGGUGGAGGAGGAUAUGAGAAGGCAUUGGUUCCUCUGGAUCACAAAAUGAAGGAACGAUCACUCCACUUUCUGCAGGUGCCCUCAGAUGACUGGUGUGGUGGCGGUGCGUCAGACAGUGGUGGGGAGAUCCCCUGCAGACGUAUGCGCAGUGGCAGCUACAUCAAGGCCAUGGGGGACGACGACAGCGCUGACUCAGACAGCAGCCCCAAAGCCUCACCCAAAUCAGCCCUCAUCGCUCAGAGAGAAGCCUUCCGCCGGUCCGUCAGCAUGGACCAGCGCUCCUCCACCACAUCCAAGUACUCGUGUAAACAGUGCACAGAUGUGUACCCAAACAGCCGCACUACGCCUAAAAGCCACCCUCGCUCCCGCAGCUACACACGCUCUCUGACCAGCGCUCAGCUGAGCGACAGUUUGAACCUGUUUGGAGAGAUGGAAUCGCAGGCUGUGGAGGCACUGGAUCUACCCGGAUGCUUCCGUACCCGCAGUCACAGCUACGUACGGGCCAUCCAAGCCGGCUGCUCCCAGGACGAUGACUGCCUGUCUGUCUUCUCCAUGUCGGGCCCACAGGGGAGCAUGAAGGGUGAAGCAGUGUUCCCGUACAGGAAAGGACCCCCUCCUCUUCCCCCUCGCAUGUCCAAGCCAAUGAUAUCCGUGACAGCUCAAAGCAGCACCGAGUCUACUCAGGACGCUUACUUCCAGAGUACAGGACAGCCCGUUCUGGUCCGGCCCAGACAGCACAGCAACUCAGUGGACCUGACGGGGAGCAGUGGGGGCCGUACCUCAAGAGGAGGGCAUUACCUCGGAGGGAGCACGACGCGGGUCCGACAGAGCAGCAACUCUGCAGAGAGUCUGAACGGCAGGGCCCUUCAGAGCAUCGGCUACCCUGGUGGACCUGGUCCAAUGAAACCCAAACACAGCACCUCGGCCGACAACCUACUGGAGGGGCCAAGGGGAUCCAGGGAGCGGGCUGGAGGCAGCCUGGGGAAAUCGGCCUCUCUGCCCCAGAACAGUAUGUCCCUAGCUAAAGCUCUGACUGGAGGAGAGGAGUUCAAACAGGAAGGACGAGGGAGAAAGUGGAGACCCUCUAUCGCAGUGCAGGUGGACAGCUCAGAGACAUUGUCUGACUCAGACCCUGAAGGCAAAGCGCUGAGAGAAGUGCACUCCAUAGGGGUUCAGGUGGAGGAUGAAAAGAGACGAGCCCGUUUCAAACGCUCCAACAGUGUGACAGCGAGUGUCCAGGCUGAUCUAGAGACAGAGGGUUUUGGUGGGCUGACCGUCCCCACGCAAGACAAGGGCCUGCAGUUUGGCUGCUCAUUCCAGCGGCACUCGUCUGAACCGGAAUCAGCCAGUCAGUUUGCAGAGUACCGCACAGUGCACACACAAGGCCAGUGGGCAUACCGUGAUGAUUACCACAGCGGUUACACCACCGAGCCCGGCCCUCCAGAACUGAGGGCCCUGCCCCGCUCUCACUCCCCUCUGCCUUUGGCCCCCGAGCGCGGAGUGGGAGGUUGGAGCGAGGGCCCUCGGAGCCUCCCAGAUUCGGCCCGAGCCUCACCCUGCUUACGGGAUGGAGAGUUCUUCCUCCGGCUCCUGCAGACAGAAGUAGAGAGGAUGGAGGGAUGGUGCCAGAACAUGGAGAGAGAGGCAGAGACGAAUGAACUGCCGGAAGACGUGUUGGAACUCAUCAGAGGAGCUGUCGGCAGUGCUCAGAUGCUCAUGUCACAAAGAGUCCAGCAGUUCUUUAGGAUGUGCCAACAGAGUGUGGAUCCUUCAUCAUACCCUCAGCCCACCACUCAGGAUCUGGCGGGUUACUGGGACCUCCUCCAGCUAGCCAUCGAAGACGUGAGAGUGAAGUUUCAGGACCUCCAGCGACUGAAGGACUCGGGCUGGCGGUUGCCUCCUGAGAAGAAGGAGGACAAGAAGGUUCCACCUCCAUUACCAAAGAAGCCCAUCGGUGGCGUAACGGGCAGCCUGAGGGCCGACAGCACAGCCGAGGCCGGGGGCAUGCUGGUGGUCUCGCGUGGACGUAGCGUCCCCGAACGGGAGAAAUCGCUGGACCUGGGCGAACGGCAGAAGCUGGAGACGCGGCGCAGGCUGCUCCAGACCAAACGCUCCGCUUCAUUCCGCCAGAAUUCAGCCACGGAGAGCGCUGACAGCAUCGAGAUCUACAUCACAGAGGCUCAGACGAGACUCUGAAUCAGUCAGACACCCCGUAAACAACCACCGCGGCUCUUCUCUGGCCCUCUGCACAGGCGUCCAUGUUACAAAUCGGCCAGAGAGCGAGUGCAAUUACUCACUUUAGCGUGAUAGAUAACUACUGAAGGCCUACCAGUAUGCUGCUGGUGUUUGGAUGUGAGCUUACACGUUUUGUUUGAUUUUAUUUUGUUGUUGAGCAAGUGUUAUUA